UAGAUUCAGUUGAGUUUGGAGAAACCGAAUAGAAAUACCCCAAGAUGUGCAACCAAACAGCACUCUCUUCUUCCGCCAAAUAACCCACACGACACAAAUCGCGAAACAGAGACAGUCACAGACUUGCAGCGCCAACGGCUGCUUCCCACGGCUGCAUCCCACGGCUGCACACCGUCUAUUCCAGCCUUCGCCACUACCGCAGAGAACGCCGUCAGCCAUAGACUUCCGUUCCCGCACUCAGCUCAGCGACACUGCUCGGACGUUGCAUGUCAGGAGCCCCUGCCACGCGUGACAUUGCAGCCCCACGCACAGCCAGUGGCGGAGCCACGUUAGCCUGUGGCACCCCUAAAAUUUGAAAUAUAUAUAUAUAUAUACCCAAAACAGACUCUUUAGACACGGCACGCCCAAAAUCAAAGUCUCUCUCUCUCUCUCUCUUUCGUUCUUUCCAUCUCACGACAGACGCUCCAUCCUGGCAUCCUCCAAUCGGCUUUGACAGAGCAGUCGAACUCGAACAGGCAAUUGUAUCCAUAAAGAAGGGUGCAUAUCUUUUGAAGUGUGGACGAAGAGGGAAGCCCAAAUUUUGCCCUUUUAGGCUUUUUACGUACCUCCAAUAUAAAUUGUCUGGCUCCACCACUGCGCAUAGCGUUACCCGCCGUGACAGCAAUCACCAACACCCACGCCCAGCGGAAAUCAACCCACCCUUUGCACGACUUCUGCACAGGAUGGCUAGUGCUGGAGAAGAUUUUUCUCAGUUUGAUAUUUCAAAAGAGGAGAAGGACAAGCUUGUUGCGGAAGUAAUCCGUUAUGUCCUUUUCAAAACCCACCAAAAUUUAGGGUGCCCAAUUAAGAGGGAUGAGCUCACUCAACUGGUUACUAAAAACUAUCGUCAGCGUGCUCUUCCGUCUUUUGUGAUUAAUGAGGCUAAAGAAAAGCUCUCAAGCAUUUUUGGCUAUGAGAUGAGGGAACUUCAAAGAUCUCGUCCUUCCUCAGCAAAUCAAGGGCGCUCUUCCCAGCAAAGUGUUGCAGAUGCAAAAUCCUAUGUUCUCAUAAGCCAGCUACCUGCUGAUGUCUACAGAAAAUAUGUUGAGGAUGUAAAUACAACGCACCUGACUGGUUUCACUUUCGUCAUUCUUAGUGUUGUAUAUUUAGCAGGUGGCAAAAUUCCAGAAGAGAAUCUUUGGCAUCAUUUGAGGCGAAUGGGAUUGUCUGAUAGUGAUGAAAUCCAUCCGGUCCUUGGAAACGUGAAACAGGCAUUGGAGACACUUGUCCAGCAAAGAUAUUUACAAAAGGACAAGGUUAGUGGCCCUGAAGGUAAUACCUUGUUUUAUGAACUGGCUGAGAGAGCUUUAGAUGGACCAGUCAAUGAGAGGGUUAAAGAAUACAUAUCUCAGCUGCUAGUGGAGCUUUUCCACCUCAUUGAUAUUCCAGAGUCUGCUCUUUACUGGACAUGGUUUUUGUGCCCAUGUUCAUCUGAUCAGAAGUAUCGGUGUGUAAAAUAUCUCCUGUUGAACCUGUUUGAUGGUGGGGUUGUUGCUGCAUAUUUGCAAUCUUGUGUGGCUCUAGGUUGUAGCGGAUAUAGGACAUGGGGACUAAUCAAUAGCUUCUUAGGGUUGGUUUAAAAAGGAACAAAGGAUACUUCUGAUGCUUUAACUUUGGCCAGAUAGGUAAUAACAAAAAGCAUGGAAUUUGUUGGCUAUUUAGUUUUGAUUUUUAUGAGGGUUAUCAUAUAACUUGAGUAAAAAAAAUUUAGUCAGUUGAUGAAACGUUGCGAUGUAAAUGUUUGUGACGCUGGCACAUGAUAAAUUGAUAAGUGGAUACUUCUUUUGGUAAAAAUCUCAUCCAAUGUUAUUUAUAUUUUUGGUCAGUAUGGCUUUCUGAAGGUAUUUUGUGUUGGCAGACUGUGAAGAAAGAUGCCACCUCUGUGGACGUUGACUAGUGUUCUAUCGCCAUCUCUUAGCUAACCCAAUUGAGACUAAGGAUUAUGGAGUUUGGGAAUUUUGGGAAGUUAACUGAUAAAUAGUAAUGUGGUGGAGUCCCUGCUUGAUGUAUAUGCUCUGAAGACAUUAAGGUAACAGUUGGCAUGAGUAAUCCAAUUACUUGUCGGGUCAGAAUUCCCUCCAUGGACUGUAUCUGAUUUAUGGCCAAUAUAUAUAUCUUUUGCAAA